CAGAAAACUUGUGAACAAACAAUUCAUUUCAGCUGCGCAUGGAACUAUACUAAAUAAUGGAUGCCACUUUUUAUGUAUUCCUAGUUUCUUUAAAUUUAACUUCAUUCUUAGGGAACACAGAACUAACUGACGGGCCAAGUGGAAACACAGGAGAAACUACUGAUAUCGCGAAAAAUGAUUACAUCACCAGUACAAAAAGUAAGCGUACACCAAGGUCAAGUGAUGAUGACAUGGAGAGUUAUGGUUCAAGUUCUCCAUGGAAGACAAUCUCUCUAAUAGCAUUGCUUAUAAUGGCCUUGGUUUCAGUAGGUCUAACAUUUAGCAAAAGUUUUACGCGUGCUUCGGUUGAUGAGAGAAAGUCAUUUUCUUCCACCACCAGGAGAGUGUCCUCCCCUACAGACCCAGUCCCCAGGCAAUCCUCCUCGUCUCUAAGAAAACUUACCGCCAGGUUUUCAAUAAAGAGUCUCAUGUCUCACUCACCAAAGCAUUCGACCAUUAACCAAGCUGUGUCGCGGAGUAGUACACAAGUUUAAUAGAAUCCUUGCCACAGACGUUUCUAUUCGUGGCUGUGUUGUGCCGCACACAAAGUAGCGCAAUGUCUUGUUGACUUGGAGAAGGUGACAUAUUCAUUAAUUAGUCAAUUAUUAAAACAAUAAAUAGAUGUCACACUUU